CAAAAACGCGACUUUCGUUUCCUUCGUUCACUGAUCUCCCGUCUUUCUAAAAAAAACAACAAUGGAGGAAACCCAGGAUAUGAUUGACGAAGUGAAGCAGCUUUUAACGCUUGCACCGGACGAUGCCAGCUUACAGUCUUUGCUCGAUCAGCUGCACUUGACUCUCAAUGAACAACAAGAACAACAACAAGAAAAGCAGCAAGAGUCUUCAAAAACAGAAUCAUGCGUGAUACCAUUCUCCAUUGACGGUCACUGCUAUUUGCUUCCAGCCAUCGUUAUAAAAAGUGAUGAUGCACACAGCACUGUGUUUGUCGUUACGCCUAUUACACAAACAACUAUACCGUGUUCUGCAUUCCUUAGCGGACAACCUUGUACUUGCACAACACACGGCAUGACCAUCCCUACUGACGAGCUACUGCCCAUGGAAGCACUGAUGCAGGACGAUUACCAUUUGGACGACUGUGUAUGGGUCAAAGAUGAUAACAGCGGACUCUAUGUCAAGGCAACGGUAGAAGAUCAUCUAGCAACAGGCGAAUGGCGAGUGCAAAUCGUUUCUACGCGUCAAAAUAAAACAGUCAGUGCUUUAAUACCCGUGAAGGAUUUGCUAAAAGAGGAAUCACCGCAACAAAUGGACAACGAUGACGAGGAGAACAACGAGGAAGACGAAGUAUCAGAUCAAGAAUAUGGUAUCAGCAUACUUCAUCAUCAUCAACAACAGUCGGAAAAUUGGGCGAGCUGGCAGGAACACACCACUGGAUUUGGCGCUAAGAUGCUUGCCAAGAUGGGAUAUGUUACAGGACAAGGGCUCGGUCGAGGAAAUCAAGGGCGAGUGGACCCAGUCCCAGCAACCAAGCGGCGAGCUGGAGAUCGGGUUGGACUAGGUUCUUUAGCUGGCAUUGCUUCUAAAAAAGAAACAAAAGUAAUCAACAAGAAAAAGCAACAACUGAAAUCGAUACCCCGUCGUGCUGGUCACCAGGAUAUGUUUGCCACGAUGAACAAGAUGCUUGUCAGCGAUAGUGCAACGUCUACUACUGCCUCCAUGUCAUCAUCCUCUACCUCAUUCAAGGAACAAGAACACAAUAUCGCUACUAUUGGAAGAUCGACAGCAGAUCCAAAGUCAAGCCAGCGCGAUUUGGCAAAACUGCAAACCAAAAUUGCUGGAACAGAAAACGAGUUGGCUCGAGCGAUGGAAGCGAUACGUCGUAAUAAGGGAACAUUGACGGAGAAUCAGUUUAAAGAUCAAGCGAAAUUGAUCGGACAGCGAUUGGAUGGACUUAAAGCACAAGCGAGCACAUUGCAGGGCAGUAUCAAACGGACCACAGAUCGAGAAAAGAUGUAUACAUUUUGAACGAUAGCAUGUCGUCCACUCAUACGCAUUAGAUAAUACAUUUUAACAUUUAAA